GUAAGUGUUCCCAUCCCCGGUUUCAGGAGCGUUCCAGGGGUUCUCAUCGAGUUUCAGCAGCGUUCCAGGGGGUUUCAAGUGACGUUCUAGGGGUUUUAGGGACAUUCACGGGGAUUUCAGCGACGUGGCUUCAGGGGCGUUUCGGGGAAUUUUAGAAACGUUGCAGGGGUUUUCAUGGGUGCUUCAGGUUGUUUUAGUGGCGUUACAGGGGCUUAAGGGAUAUUCUUGUUGAUUUUAGGAGCGCUCCAGGUGUUUCAAGGGCUUUCAGGUGAUUACAGUGGCGUUUCAGAGGUUUCAAUGAUGUUCCAGGGGUGCUCUCCAAGAUGUCUGGAGUGUUUCAGUAGUUUGAAAGGGGUUCCAGGGGUGUUCCGGGGGUUUAAAGGGUGUUCCAGGAAAUCUCAGUGUGUUUCAGAAGGGUCAAGGUCGUUUCAAAGGUUUUCAAGUACUUUCAGAGGAUUUCCAGGGGAUCUUAGGGCAUCUCUCAAUCCAAUGGAAAUCUUUAGGUAACCCUCCUGUAAUUCCCUGAAAAAUCUUGAUACACCUAGGAAACAUACCUGGAACUCCCCUAAGAAGCACCAUGGAUCAUCUAAAACACAAAGCUUAUACCCUACCAGUCGGCAAAUCACGUACAAUGCAGCCAUUACCAAAACACUCCAACAACCGCAUAAACUUGCUUAGGCAUAGUUGAAUUAUUCCUUCCUUCUUCCCCACAUAGACUCGCAUUCUGACGUGGCAAGCGUCAUUCUCACCUACAAAUGGAAAGUGAUACACUGAAGACGUCUGUUAUCUCACACUUCCUCACUAAAGCUGAUAUCGCUUUGAUUCCUACACUGAAAGACAGCUUGCAGCACUGAUAAGCAUAAAAAUGUUUUCAAAUUUACCAUGGUAAAACGUGAUCAUCGACCAACAAAUGCUUCUUGUGCGCGUUUUGUUUCCUCCUACAUCAACCGGUUCGAUAGCUGAGUGGUAGUGUGCGAGCCUGGUGAUCUCAAGGUUCUUGGUUCGAAUCCGGUUGCCAACAGCAACUUUUUUUAAUUGUAAAUCGGGUCCAUGGUAAAAUUCGAAACAUUAAUCUGUUGAAUUGAAACGAAACUCAGUAUGCACAAAUUUAGUGGCGUUGUGUAUUUGAGUUGACCCUCAUAAUAGUAAUUUCAACCGCAAGCCGUCUUUCAGUGUAGUAUUGUAUAUGUACAGUUGAUCUGGCGAUAGUAGAGUAGCAACUUUGGUCGGUCAAUCAAACUCAACGCUCAACCUCAGCCACAGCUACCCUGUCCAGUGCUAUGUUGCACAAGACUCAGAACUGCAGUUCUCUGGAGUAAACUAGUUUAAUUCAUAAUUCAUCCCCUUAUCGACCAAAUUAAAUAUUACACCACAACCUAAUCUAACCCUUUUUUCUGUUCAUUCACAGGUACAGUGGCAAAAUAUUUACAUAGGCUGUAAAUUACCACCUUCACAAAAAUCGCCAGCUUUCGGAACAAUCCUGGCGACCUCACGUUAGGUCGUUAGGGAACAACCGCAACCGGAUCGGACCGCACUUGGGCCUCGGAACACAGGCAGCAUCCCAGUGACGAUGCAGCGAACGUUCGGUUUGUCACCAGCGAGCCGGGCUGGCGUGUACGAUGGUAAAAUAGCUGGCCUAUAUGACCUGGAGGAAACGCUCGGCUCGGGACACUUUGCGGUGGUCAAGCUUGCCCGGCACGUCUUCACCGGCGAGAAGGUGGCCGUCAAGGUGAUCGACAAAACCAAACUGGACGAAAUCUCGCGGGCGCACCUGUUCCAGGAAGUGCGAUGUAUGAAGCUCGUGCAGCACCCGAACGUGGUUCGGCUGUACGAGGUCAUCGACACCCAAACCAAGCUGUAUCUGAUACUGGAACUGGGCGAUGGGGGAGAUCUGUACGAUUACAUCAUGCGCCACGACAAGGGUCUGACGGAGAACGUGGCUCGGGAGUACUUCCGGCAGAUUGUGCGAGCCAUUUCCUACUGCCAUCAGUUGCAUGUUGUGCACAGGGACUUAAAACCGGAAAACGUAGUAUUCUUCGAAAAACUAGGAGUGGUGAAGUUGACUGAUUUUGGAUUUAGUAAUAAGUUCUGCCCCGGUCAGAAGCUGGAAACUUCCUGCGGCAGUUUAGCGUACUCGGCACCGGAGAUCUUGCUCGGUGAUUCGUACGAUGCCCCGGCAGUUGACGUCUGGUCGCUGGGUGUCAUUUUGUUCAUGCUCGUGUGCGGCCACCCACCGUUCCAGGAGGCAAACGACUCCGAAACGCUCACGAUGAUCAUGGACUGCAAGUACACGAUGCCGGAGCACGUGUCCGGUGGCUGCCGAAGUCUCAUCGGCAACAUGCUGGUGCGGGAGCCGGAAAAACGUGCCACCUUGCAGCAGAUCGCCCAGAAUGAGUGGCUGCUCGAGGGCAGUAUCGAGGAAACGCCCGAGUACCUGCCGCUCGUCAGCCGGGAACAAGUGAGCGAAGAGGAUCACACACUAAUCAUCCAAAAGAUGAUCAACGGAAAAAUAGCUACCAAAGAGGAAAUUUUAGAGGCUCUAGAUCGUAAUGAAUACAAUCAUAUAACGGCGACGUAUUUUCUGCUGGCGGAGCGAAAAUUGCGCGCCCACCGCCAGGAGGAAGCGCAAAAGCGGAAACCGGAGCUGUCGCUACCGGUGUCCAAUUCGUCGAGACUGCAAGGGUUUAAGAAAAACUCCGAGGACGACUCCAAAGAGGACGGUCUACUGCCAAACAAGCUGGGAAUGCAUCUGAGUGUACCCCGCACGCCGGGUACGGAAACUGGACAGACCGGUCGCAACCGGAAGUGCAGUAUCGUACAGGAGGAGGAGGACGACGAGGAUGACGUUACUGGUGCUGGUCACGAGGAACUGUCCACCCCGUUGAACCGCCGGGGCUCCCGUUCGGAGGGCCGACUCAACAUUACCGUACAAGAUCGGAUAGCGGAAUCCGAACGACUGAAACUGGAAGCAAAGAAGCAAGCCGAAGCGAAGGAAAAGGAACUGCUGUUGCAACAGCAACUGAAACAGCAGGAGCAGGAAGCGAAGGAGAAUAGCGCUUCGGGUAUGCUGGGAGGAUUCGGUGGGCUUGGGAACGUGACGCUGAUCACGAGUGAGAAUAGCUGUACCAAAGAAAGACUGGGAAUCGCCGGUGGAGGGUUGCACCGGAAGGUUCCGGAGAUCAAGCGAGGGAUGGAUUUCCCCAAGAAGACGUCCAUUCUGAAGCCACAGGGGAACAUUCGGGGCGGAUCGUUCGACAAAUGUAUUGCUAGUAUUAAGGAUGCGGAGUUGGUCAGUACGAAAAUUAUCUCGGACAGUGCGACCAUAACGAUGCCGCUUACGGUGAACAUUGUGAACACCUCGAGUAUUCCCAAGUACAAAACGAUGCCAUCGCCAACACGGGUCAAUACCAUCCUGAACUCCAAUACCAACUGUUUGAAUGAAAUUUUUGAGGAGGGAACCGAUGUGGGAAGUUCGGAUAGUACGACAACUACCCCUCGGCCGGUAAUUCGAAAUCAGUUCAACGCGCGAGCUCAAAGUCAAGGAGGAAACGGGAACAAUGUUCAUCGGCGGACAAAAUUCAACAAAUCGCGGACGGCUUCCUGCAGCAGUUCGGACGCUUCGGACGAUGACUCGGAAAACAGGAAGAAACGAGCGCACAAAAUCGUAGAUUCCACCGUGAAACCACAAACCCAGCGUCGAGAUUCUCACGAUGACUCGAGCGAUUCGCAAGAUCCGGGCAAUGCUGCGGCACCAUCCAGCACGGGAGCAUGCGUUAGGGCCAUCAUGAGUGGAACUGCUAGCAGUUCUUCCACUAACGAUACUGGUAAUCAACCGAACACGGAAAAGCGGACAUCCGGUAACGGAAAUCGUCAGAAGUCCUCCCAGCAGGUAGACUUUCGACGGCACCGAGGACGGAGAAGGCCCGUUGAAACACGACUACGGGAAAGCCAAUCCCUAAACCGGAUAACCGAGGUCCAGGAAUCUGAAACUUCCCAUUCGGCCGCUGCAGCAGCUGCUGCUGCCGCGGCUGCCGGUGCCAUAUCAUCUUCAACCGUGCCAACAACCGUUGAUCCCAAGCGGGAACAGCUAAGUCAAGUUAUAGCCAGCACCCGACUAGAGUCGGGUAGUCAAGAGGAAGAAGCUUCCUUCGAGGAGUCUAGCAACACUUCAAACCACCCAGCCGAUUACGAGAAUAGCGAAGGCGCAGUAGGCAAUAGCAACACGACCAACAAUGCCGGUAGUACCAGUAGUAGUGGUAGCAGCCAUCCAUGCAAGCCAAAAGGUUUUAGCGCGCGAAUAUUUCACCCCUUUAAGAAGCAGCAUCAUCAUCAUCAUCAUCAGCAACAACAGCCGUCGUCCAAUAGUUCCACGCCCAGUGUGGAUACGCCGGCGGAAGCGGUCAAAGCUGGUGGUAUCGCGACGACUGCCACUGUUCCUUCCGGCGACGAUAUUGAGAUCGUGGUAGAGCUGGCCAAGGCGCUGAACGCUUCGGAGAGCAGUGGCAAGAGCACUAAGAAGAUCAAGAUUCUCGGAAGGUAUUUCCAGGUCCACAAAAAGAUCUACGUUCCACUGUCGGGCCUGUUCCAGCGGGGUCGCCUCUACAAGGCCCAAUCGUGCGGUUCGAUCGUCCGGGAUAAGGUUAACCAAAAUCCAAAUGGCACCGGUGGUGGAAGUCGUUCCGGUGGCGGCGGCGGAACCAACUCCAACGCUCGCCAUUCGACCAUCUUCAACGAGAAGCAUCGGUUCAAGCACUGUCUCAGCGGAACGCGGUUGCUCGGCAGCGACGGCGACAUCAACCACAAUGGGAAUAGUUUUAUGGCCGCAGCGGCAGCCAUGUCCAACGGGAGUGUAUCCCCGGCGGAGCUGGUGGUGGCCACCGGUGGCGCCACCAGUCCGGUCUGUGGCCUGGCAACGGGAGGAGCUAGGCCUACUGCGUCAGUGCCAAUCAAAACCGCGUAGUAGUAGGCGAGUUGUUGAACGUAUCUCAUCAUGUAUGUUUUAAGUACCUUGGCUGUUGAUUAGACAAAUUAGCGCGCGCACCGAGUUCUGCACUGCUCACCACACGGCAUCGUCAUCAACCACCACACUACUAUAAGCGCUUCCAUUUUCAUCUGGUACUUUAGUUCUACGCGUAGAUCUACGCACUACCACAGGCCUGAAUGUUCCUUAGGUGUAGUUUGACUGAUGAUUGUUCGCGUCCAAACUCUAUCGUCGUCUUGACGAUGAAUCAUCCCGAUGCUGCUGACUUCUUGCACACUCAUCCAUAUGUGUAGAUGAUAAUCAUUAGCAAUCCGUGAGAGGGCGAGGUGGUGUACCACUUCCCCCAUGGAUACAGCUAAAAGCGCCAAAGAGAGAUCUCGAAAGAAGAUGAAUGUAAUAAUUCAGAAUAUCAUCAGCUCGAGGGUGGGCCGUUUUGGUCCAAUCGUUUUAUUCGCUAAGACACAGACUGCUGCAGCACCGCACCAACCAACACCCCACCAACAAUCAAUGAGAAAGAAAGAGAGAGUUGAUACUGGGUACACGAAACGGUUUUUUGUAUGGAAGAACACGUGUGUACGCAAAUCUAUGUGCAAUAAUGGUUAUGAGCUUAGGUUUACCGUUAGAAUACUACCUGAAUAUUCCGUAGCAGUUUUCUAGCUCGGUUUUAGUAGAACACACACACAAAAAAACGGGAGGUUUCCCUUGUUACAAAUGUGUUAUCUUUUUCUUUUCGUUGCUGAAUAGCUAUACAAUCUGUCCAUAUUAGUGUAUAUGUUUUCUAUUUUAAGAAAAUUUUGACUACCGAUGAGAGCAAACACAUGUUUUAAGAACUGAUAUGAGACACAAAAAGAUUUGUAUUUAAAUUUGUACACUGCAAAGGUUUUCAGCUAGGUUAAAUAGUUUCACUAAUACAUACAAUUCAGCAAAAAAAAAAACAAUUUAAUCAAACAGAAAAAUCAUUUGUAUGUGCUGUGCACAAGGUACUGUAUGCAGAAGGAAAGGGUUUGAAGAUCGUUGCAAAACUGAAGGUGAACCAUAUUAAUAUACUUUAAGUUCUCUUACUCCCUACUUUUGUGGAAACAUAAAGUUGCCAAUAAAUCGAAGAUAACGUGUCGAAAUGUA